AUGUCCCGCAGCGCAGCGGCCAGCGGCGGACCCAGGAGGCCUGAGCGGCAGCUGCCCCCAGCCCCGGGUGGGGCCCUGGGGCCCCCCGAAACCUCCAGGACGGAGCCAGACGGGGCGGGCACCAUGAACAAGUUACGGCAGAGCCUGCGGCGCAGGAAGCCGGCCUACGUGCCCGAGGCGUCGCGCCCGCACCAGUGGCAGGCAGAUGAGGAUGCGGUGCGCAAGGGCACCUGCAGCUUCCCGGUGCGGUACCUGGGCCACGUGGAGGUGGAGGAGUCGCGUGGGAUGCACGUGUGUGAGGAAGCAGUGAAGAGGCUGAAGGCCAUGGGCCGGAAGUCCGUAAAGUCUGUCCUGUGGGUGUCGGCGGAUGGGCUCCGUGUAGUGGAUGACAAGACCAAGGACCUGCUGGUGGACCAGACCAUUGAGAAGGUGUCAUUCUGUGCACCUGACCGCAACCUGGACAAGGCCUUCUCCUACAUCUGCCGCGAUGGCACCACCCGCCGUUGGAUAUGCCACUGCUUCCUGGCCCUCAAGGACUCUGGCGAGAGGCUGAGCCACGCCGUGGGCUGCGCGUUUGCAGCAUGCCUGGAGCGGAAGCAGCGCCGGGAGAAGGAGUGCGGGGUCACCGCGGCCUUCGAUGCCAGCCGCACCAGCUUUGCCCGCGAAGGUUCCUUCCGCUUGGCUGGGGGAGGCCGCGCGGCCGAGCGAGAGGCCCCCGACAAGAAGAAAGCAGAGGCAGCAGCUGCCCCCGCUGCAGCUCCUGGCCCCGCCCAGCCCGGACACGUGUCCCCAACACCGGCUACCACGUCCCCGGGUGAGAAGGGCGAGGCUGGCACUCCGGUGGCUGCGGGCACCACAGCAGCUGCCAUCCCCCGGCGCCAUGCGCCCCUGGAGCAGCUGGUUCGCCAAGGUUCCUUCCGUGGCUUCCCAGCGUUGAGCCAGAAGAACUCACCUUUCAAACGGCAGCUGAGCUUGCGGCUGAACGAGCUGCCGUCCACCUUGCAGCGCCGCACUGACUUCCAGGUGAAGGGCACAGUGCCCGAGAUGGAGCCUCCGGGGGCCAGCGACAGCGAUGGCAUCAAUGCCCUGUGCACUCAGAUCAGCUCGUCCUUUGCCAGUGCAGGAGCUCCGGCCCCUGCGGCGCAGCCCCCGCCGCCAGCACCCGCAGGAGCCACUUCUGCCUGGGGUGAGCCCUCCAUGGCCCCCGCAGCCACCUUCCAGCCUGGGCACAAGCGGACGCCAUCAGAGGCUGAGAGGUGGCUGGAGGAGGUGUCUCAGGUGGCCAAGGCCCAGCAGCAGCAGCAGCAGCAGCAGCAGCAGCAACAGCAGGCAGCUACUGCUGUGCCUGCUGUGCCCACCAUGCCUACCAUGCCCACCAUGCCUGCCAUGCCUCCGGCCCUACAGCCCUUCCCCGCUCCCAUGGGGCCCUUCGACGCGGCACCUGCACAAGUGGCCAUGUUCCUGCCGCCCCCGCACAUGCAGCCUCCCUUUACCCCCGCCUACCCUGGCCUGGGCUACCCGCCCAUGCCCCGGAUGCCCGUGGUGGGCAUCACACCCUCGCAGAUGGUGGCCAAUGCCUUCUGCUCUGCAGCCCAGCUCCAGCCCCAGCCCGCCACAUUGCUCGGCAAAGCUGGAGCCUUCCCGCCCUCUGCCCCACCCAGCGUCCCUGGCACCCAGGCCCGCCCACGUCCCAGCGGGGCACCCUGGCCCCCAGAGCCUGCACCCGCCCCAGCGCCUGCGUUGGACCCCUUUGAGGCUCAGUGGGCAGCUUUAGAAGGCAAGGCCACUGCCGAGAAACCUUCCAACCCCUUCUCCGGCGAUCUGCAGAAAACCUUUGAGAUCGAACUGUAGCCUGGGCUGCCCUGAGCUGCCCACACCUGGAUGCCCUGCAUCCCUCACCACCCCUGUAAACCCGUCUCUCUGUUGCCCCCCCAACACCCCACAACCACCACAAAACUGACGCCCAGCCUGCAGCAGGACGGGGAUCUGGGACCCAGGGCCGCGCUGCGGACAUGCACUGCCAACCACUCCCCACUAGACGCAGGUGGUGCCCCCCAACCCCGGCCCAUCCACAGCGCCCCCCCAAACUCCCAUCCCCAUUUCUGUUGUUGAGCUUCAGCCAGCCCUCCAGGGUUG